AUGUCAGACGACAUGGAACGCGAGCUCGAUCGUAUUCUGGAUGAAGAGGUCGCUCGAGACAGCAGGAUGGAAGAGCUGCACCAAGAGUUGUCUCAGCUCAGGGCACAAGUGAUGCAGUUAACGCAGCAGAAUCUGCAACAGGUAUUAUAUACGGUUUCUCAGUGUACCCUAAGCGUUGCAAAUCUGCGAGACGUGCCCAAACAGAUAGCAUCCUUGUUCAGGGAAGGCAAAAUUGUCUCACCUGAAGACGCUGAAAACGAGCUCACAAAGCUCCUUACAUCAGAGGGCGACGCAAUACUCCUGGCGCUAGAUCCCUUGAGCGAAACAGCUGCGAGGGUCAAGGAAAUGACGUCCGAAACACAUGCAAAACACAGUGAGGAGCUAUCCCCUAUUUUUGAUCAGGCAGAACAUGACGAUCAUUGCAUGCGCACGCUUUCGAAAUUGUUACGCGUCCAGUCCACAGAGGUGAUUGGGGCAGUGAAAACUCUAGUCAAGAGACACCAAGUGGUGGCUAGAACACAAAUACCAUGUUUUGGUAAAAAGAUACUGCCAGCUAGAACACCACUAACCUUCAACAAUUUCGACAAUAGAGAGACGUGCAUAUUGCAGGGCACUUCGACUACGGCGCAAAGUGAAGCGCAGUCGACUCCAAUGGAGACAGAACAUGGCGAAAAUGAACACGACAGAUUUCGCGAGGCUUUCCGCCUACUCAAUGCUAAAGACCAUACGACAGAAGCUGGACUACCGCCAAUCGAAUUCGAUGCAGUGAAUGCGGCCAAAGGUAGGCUUUUGUCACAGCAAGACGAUUCGCCUGAGUUCGCUCGCCUCAAACGUACUCUGACUGAGAACCAAUUUCAGAGGAACAGCGACGUGAACGAGCCACGACACACCAUGAAUCUCGUGAAACAAGUUCCAUCUUUCACAUAUGGGAUUGGGACGACAUUAGCUGCCAUGGCACUUCCGGAGGUCAAGAACUUUAGUGACCCAGACGGGAAAGGUUUUACCGAGUUUGUGAUGUCCUUUUCAAUGAAGUACGGUAGAAUAGGUCUUCCGGACGAUAUCCUCAUUCAUUUAAUGAGCGAAAAAUUGGAAGGGCACCCAAAAGCGGUCAUGAAAACGCUCCCGGAAGAGACUAGGAAAGGCAAAUUUGCGGACUUUGUUGUCGCACUAAAUACGAAGUUCGCUGAAAAUACUUCGGCUAGGCGAAUGGAAUCGCAUGUGAAACUGAAACAGUUGAAGAUGGCCAGAUCAGUCACGGAGUACUGUGUACAACUCGAAAGCCUAACGCGCGCAGCGAAUCCCCAGGCUUCCGAAACCGAUCUGUCCAUGGUGAGAGCUAGUGAAUUGAUCUCGCAGCUCACUAAUUGGCCAGAGUACUUCCAACUAUUCGCCGUGAUGGAGGCUGCAGCACCGCACGAGGUGUACGAAAAGCUCAAGAAUCUGGCACAGGGCAUCGAAAGAAGCAAAAGAGUAGCUGCGGCGAUGAAAUCAGCUACCGAAUCAAAACAGUUCGAGGAACGAAGGAGGCCGUCGCGAGCCACGGUGUUUUCGAGAAUCAAGGACAAAACUAUCCAAGAUGGAAAUGUCCAAGAUCGACAUCACCACAAGGAGCAAGGUCAACAAAGUUUAGAAAUAACGCAGAAAGGUGCACAGUCGCCAGCGGACACUAGACUUUGCAGAAGAUGUAAGAGACCUGGACAUUUUCAGAGGGACUGCGACAAGAACCUCCAACGCACGACACCGCAAACUGCGGAAAGUGCGCAGUCGUCAAAUGCUUCUCGUAUGGAACAGUCGAAGCGUACCUUCACGACAGUACUACAAAACUGGUCUUGUCAGGCUAUAGGGACACGACAACGAGAAGACGAGAUGUUCGGCAAGAAAACCAUGUGCAGAGUAGAACUGCUGGGUUUUACUAAAGAGGCACUCGUCGACACAGGAUCUCAA